AUGCCUACUCUUACGACGCCCUCUUCUACCUCCUCCACUUCUACCAACUCUUCUACUUCAACUGAUUCUUCUACUACCUUAAUCCUAACAACAUCCUCUUCUACCUCGUCUUCAUCUACCGACGCACCGACAACAACAAGCUCUUCAUCCUCUAGCACCGACACGGCUUCAUCUAGCACAGACAGUCUUACUUCCUCAAGUUCAAGCAGUUCAAACCCUAGUGGAAGCAUCAUCACUACGCCCACCACAUCCAGCUCCAGCUCGUCUACCGCAGACACCAGCAGCACGGCAUCUGCUAGUAGCACUAGCUCGUCCACCGGCAGUCUAGGAAGCUCUUCAACGGUCAGCUCUGGAACCUCUUCGGCCAGCUUUCCGGGAAGUUCCUUGACCAGCAGCUCGGCAACUUCAUCUUCGAGCAGCACGUCUCUGAGUAGCCUGCCCACGAGCCUUCUCAGCAUCAGCAGCACUCUCGGCGGCAUCAGCAGCAGCAGCGCCUCCUUGCUCUCUCUCUCCUCGACCAGUGUGCCCACAAUCUCGUCUUCUAUCCUACCAAGCAACUCCUCAGCCGUCCUAAUUUCAACUUCCAGCUCUUUGACCAGCUCUCUCACCACUCUCACUCCGUCGUCGUCAUCCUCUUCUGUUGUCGUCUCGCCUACAUUAACUUCCGAUACAAGGGGAGUCUACGAUCCGUCCAUCGGUCUAGCCUUUCCUGGCCCGUCCACCACUCCGUCCAUCACUCCAUCCCCUACUUCAUCUGGCACCCCUUCGACGCCGGCGAGCUCCACAGGAGUUGCUUCCAUCUCUUUCGGAGUUCUCUUCAAUCUGCAAGUUCUCGCGGGCGCCGUCCCAACCAACCCUGUCUAG